CGUGCGAAACUACUAUUCGUUUGUUACUGCUAGUAUUUUUGGUUUUCGGUUGUUCAAUAACUUGUUUCGUGCUCGCAGCCUUGUUUGUGGCAGGGGUAUCCUAUGUUGAGCGAUUUCUCCGAGAUUUAUAUAGGAAUCAAGUGCUGCUACGGGCGGCAGAAUCGCCAGUUCUCUAACUCUCUGACAUGCGCCACGGCCGCCCUUCGCCCGCCCGCCGCUGCCCCGGCCAGUGUAGGCCCGCCGCCCUCGUAGACCAUUAGUUCACGUCACCCAUUCUUUCAUAUUUACGUUUUUCGCGUUCUUGAAGCUAAAUAUUAUCAUAUUUCAAUGAACUGCAAUGAGAACAGUGAUCCACCCUUAAGUCCCCACAUCGGCAUCUACGGGUGGCGCAAGAGAUGUCUCUACGUGCUCAUCUUGGGGCUUCUGGUGGUCGUCAUGGGGUCCUUCGUGGCCACAUUUCUGCUCAUCAGCGCCAUUGACUUCAAUUUGGGGGGCUUAGGAGACCUCAAAAUCUCCAGGGACGGUGUACGACUGAGAGAGUUCAGUUACGUCCUGGCGUCCCUGGCAGCUUCUAGACUAACCUCCAAGACUCGGGAACCUCUGUCUUUCGAGUCCCACUACAAUAUGACAUUGAGUGUCACUGAUCAGAACGGCCACCCCGAGCAGUCCCUGCACUUCUGGAGUGCGACACAAGAUACCAACAGAAGAUAUUUGGUGGCCGAAGCAUCUCAGUUCCGUGUCAGCGACCUGAGAGGAAGAACUCUGUUCACCGCACAGCCGGGCCAAGUGACCGUCGGCACAGAUAACCUUCGGGUGCUUCAGGGAGGAGCCCACUUCUCUGGCAGUGUUCAGACGGCGAUGCUGAGAUCCAGUUUAGGAGCUGAACUAAUGCUGGAGUCUGCGACAAGAAGGCUCCAUGUGAUGGCUCCAGCAGGAGUUUCUAUUGAGAGUAGAGGGGCUGAUAUCAGCGCGUCCUGCCUCACAGACCUUCACUUGUCAUCUGUAGAUGGAAGAAUAAAACUGAAGUCGCCUGGAAUCUAUAUCCCCAACCUGGAGAGCAUUCCUCUUCUGCAGCCUCAGCCUUCCAGGUACAUCCAUCUGGAGUCCAGUCCAGGGUCCAAGCAGUACCAGGUCUGCAUGUGCAGCAACGGGAAACUCUUCAUCUCCAAACCUAAUGGAGAAUGUAGUGUCAACAAUGACGGGAAACAGUGUCAUUGAGCAUGGCUGAGACGAUAGGCUAUUCUACCUCACUCUUCGGUGGCGAGGGAGCCCUGCAUGAAAAUCAAGUCUCUAGUUGGUGGUCAGGAGCUCAAUAACGGAUUGUACAGUACGAGCUCGUCGUGUAUAUCAGAAUUGUCAUCGGUGAAUUGUAUCGUAUGAGAACUAACUGCAAUAGUAUAAUGAACACUGAGCUAAAGACACAGAGUGCUGCAGCUGCAAAUGUGUUUAUGUAGAAAAAAGAUUGAAAGUAGGCCUAAUUUAUUAAAAGCAAAGUCUGUCGUUGGAAUGAAUUGAUUAUACGAUUUUUGUUCCUGAUCAACAAUUUAUUUGCUAGGGAUACCAGCUACAAACUUAUCUGUCGUACAAUUAAUUUAUUUCUGUUAGGUGUGUGUGUGUGUGUGAACAAUCACUAAAUAAAAUUGGAUUGUAUAGACCCAACCUAACUAUUUACCAAACACAUAUUUCCUCUCGUAACAAAAUUAAAUGCAUUUUUAAUAACCCCAACCGGUCCCUCAAUCCGUCCAUAGCUUUUGUUUGGGCGUCUCAAGCUCCUGUUCAAUGAAAAUAGCCUGGAACGAACAAUUUAGACUAGAAUUCAUGUUGAAUUUGAACACACCUAGUAAAUAAACUAAUUUUUACAAAUUAAUCCACAGUGGGUGACAAAUGGCAUUUUAAGUCAACACAGUGCGGCAAUACUAAAUUCUAAGCAAUUGAAACGAAUUUAUCCAUAAUUCAUCGGCAAGUCAAAUUGUUCCUGUAUACAAACAAAAAUUUUAUUGAGAAGCAAUGUUGUACUGAUUUUUACUAAGUCGUUCUAAUGUAGACUUAGAUCUACUGAGUAUUACGAUUAUAAGCCUUCACACAUAAUCCUGACGAGGAUUAAAGUUUAUCAUAUAGUCAUCAGGGGACCUAAAAACAUUACAAGUAACAUGAUAACAAGUAUUAUAUGACAGUAACACUAUUGACAAGUAGUAUAUUUAGUACUCUAAGAUAAAUUGUAUUAUUUAUUGACUGUUAGUGGUUAAUGCUGUAAAACUAUGUAGUAUAUUGUUAAA